AUGGUAUUAUAUAUUAUUGGAUUGGGAUUAGGUGAUGAAAAAGAUGUAACAAUUAAAGGAUUUGAAGCAAUAAAGAAAUCAAGUAAAAUUUAUUUAGAAGCAUAUACAUCAUUAUUAGGUGGAUCAACAUCAAUUGAAGCAUUAGAGAAAUUUUAUGAAAAAAAGAUUAUUAUAGCCGAUAGAGAAAUGGUUGAAUCAGGUUGCGAAGAAAUGUUAAAAGAAUCAACAGAGAAUGAUGUUUCAUUUUUAGUUGUAGGUGACCCAUUCGGAGCAACAACUCAUACAGAUUUAGUUAUUCGUGCUAAAGAAUUAUCGAUUCCAGUUAAAGUGAUUCACAAUGCCUCAAUUAUGAAUGCAAUUGGUUGUUGUGGUCUUCAAUUAUAUAGUUAUGGUCAAACCAUAUCAAUGGUAUUCUUUACAGAAACCACCAAACCCGAUAGUUGGUACGAUCGUGUUAAAAUCAAUCGUGUCAAUGGUAUGCAUACCCUCUGCUUAUUAGAUAUCAAAGUUAAAGAACAAUCAAUUGAAAAUAUGUGUCGUGGUCGUUUAAUUUAUGAACCACCAAGAUUCAUGACCGUUAAUCAAUGUAUUGAACAACUCUUGGAAAUUGAAGAAAUACGUAAAGAAAAAGUUUACGAUCAAGAUACCCUAUGCAUUGGUUUAUCUCGUGUUGGUCAAGAUGAUCAACAAAUCAUUUCUGGUACUAUGAAAGAAUUAUUAGAUGUUGAUUUUGGUGCUCCACUUCAUUCUUUUAUCAUUUGUGGUGAUAUGCAUUUCAUUGAAAAAGAAUAUUUUGAAACUUUUAGAGUUAAAAAAAAUUAA